GCCUAAUCCAGUUUCAUUUGAAAGACGCCCCACUGUCUGCUUCAUUCGAUGACUCAAAACGGUGCGUGGUUGACAACAAUCGGUGGUAUAUACCCCUCUCCGAUCGAGAUUUCCUCCCCACUUGUCGUGCCGCGGGCAGAUCGUCUUCAUGGUUGAGUCGACGAGACAGAAGGUUGUUAUUGUUGGGGCUGGUCCCGUGGGGUCGCUGGCUGCGUUGUAUGCGGCGGCCAGAGGGGACGAUGUUGAGGUGUAUGAGCUGCGAGGGGAUCUUCGCGAUCCUGCCACGAUCCCCCUCAAUUUCACCAAAUCUAUUAAUCUCGCUCUCUCCGAGCGCGGGAUCAAUGCGAUGAGACACUCGGACCGGGAGGAGCUGAUCGACAGGAUCAUGCACGAUGCGAUCCCCAUGCAUGGUCGCAUGAUCCAUGGCCAAGACGGGGAGGAGCUGUGGGAAGCUGCACAGCUGUAUGAUGUGCAUGGACAGGCCAUCAAUGCAGUGGAUAGAGGGAUCCUGAACAACGCCCUGCUCGACGAAUUGGAACGCACCCCCAACGUCAAACUGUUCUUCAACCAUAAACUGACCGGCGCCGACUUCCACACCAACCGCGCUUGGUUUGAGCGUCGACUCCCGGGGGACUCGCCCACUCCUAACUCCAACAACCGAUACCCGGAGAUCGAGGUACCGUUCGACCUCAUGAUUGGCGCCGAUGGCGCACACUCCGCCGCGCGCUUCCACAUGAUGAAGUUCGCGCGUGUGGACUACCAGCAGGAGUAUAUCGAUACCCUGUGGUGUGAGUUCCGCAUUCCGCCGUCUACCGAGGGCGACUUUCGCAUUUCCCCCAACCAUCUGCACAUCUGGCCGGGCAAGGAGUACAUGUUCAUCGCCCUGCCGUCCGCAGACAAAUCCUUCACCUGCACCCUCUUCUCCCCUGCCAUCCACUACACCAAACUGACCGAGUCCCCCGAGACACUGGUGGACUUCUUUCAAGCGAACUUCCCCGGCGUCUGCCCCAACCUGAUCUCGCCUCACGCAUUGCAAGAGCAGUUCGCGAGCAACCCGCAUCUUCCCCUCAUCAGCAUCAAAUGCAACCCCCAUCACUACGGCUCCAGCGUCGUCAUCGUCGGCGAUGCCGCGCACGCCGUCCUCCCCUUCUACGGCCAGGGUCUCAACGCAGGCCUCGAAGACAUCCGCAUUUUAUUCGAAUGUCUAGACAGCUCCGAUCUAUACGACAUAAAGGUGUCGCCCAGCGUCCGCGCACAGCGCCGCGAGACCGCCCUGAAGCAAUACACCGACCAGCGCUCGGCAGACACGCACGCGAUCAACGAUCUCUCCAAGCAGAAUUACGCCGAGAUGCGCUGGGGCGUCAAACUCCCACUGUACAAGCUCCGCAAGUCCGUCGAGGAGUCGCUCGACCGAUACGUACCCCGGUUGGGCUGGAAGACGCAAUACUCCCGCGUCAGCUUCAGCAACCAGCGGUACUCGGACGUCAUCCGGGCUGCGCGCCACCAGGGGACGGUGCUGGGUUUGGGCCUGGGGUCUCUUGUGGUCUCCAGUGUGGCAGUUGCGGGCGUCCUCAUGUGGAGGUAUUCGUUCCGGCAGUGUCUUGGGUCGCUUGUGCGAGCUGGUUGGAGCCGCUUGGGGAGUCUUUGGUCGAGGGGUUGUUAACUGUGCAUACCCUGUUUAUUUUGUAUAUUUGACUCUGAGUACUACGAUACUCUUUGUACGCUACAGUGAGA